AUGAACUUCCUCUCGUCGGCCUUUUCUACCUUAACGGGUAAUUCUAUCCCGUACACCUUCAAAGAUAAAGUUAUAGACCCCUUGAAAGCGACGUACCCCGACUCUCGAUCGAUAUGGACUGUUUACAAUGGAGUGAAUCCAAAAAGUGACACGCCAGUUACCAUAUUCGAGUUCAAUUUGAAGGAUCCAGCUGCAACAAGGUGGAAUUACGAUCUGUUGGCGAGAAACUGUUUCAAGAAACUGAAACUCAUUAAGUUCCCGGGGAUUGUUUCUGUGGUGGACUAUUUCGAAUCAGAUGCCUAUUUAUACAUUGUCACCGAGCGUGUCACGCCAUUGCAGCACUACUUGACCCUCCAUUCAGAUAAGAUCUCUACUGAAACAAAGCUUUACGGAAUCUAUAGCGUGGCGCACGCGUUGCUGUUUAUCAACACUAAGGCUAACUCCGUUCAUGGCAAUGUCAAUAUCGCCUCCUCGGUGUUUGUCAAUGCCCAAGGCGAAUGGAAGCUUUUUGGCUUUGAGUUACUCACUUCGAUGAAGUCCGAUCCUGAGCAGCCAAUAUAUAGGCUCUCUCUGUCCAUUCCAAUGUUCAAGGAGAAUUUGCCGGACGAAGUGGUCCAGAAUGGCAUCGAGGGUAUCAGGCCCUACCCUUUCAAAUUUGACUCGUAUAAGUUGGGGGCUUUCAUCUUCACGCUCUUGGCCUCAGACCAUUACGUGGAUCCGAUCACUGUGUCUAACGGUGAAGUCUACGCCGGAAGUAAGACGAUACCAAAGGCCUUGGCUCAACAUGUAAAAAAAUUGACCAACGUGAAGCCCAACCUCCGAAUCACUGUUGAAAAAUUUUUGCAAGAGACAGAAAAUUACUUCAAAUCGAACAAGCUCGUGUCCUUCAGUAAUCUUUUGGAAGACAUGAAGUUUCAAAACGCUUAUGAGAAGUUGUCAUUCUUCAAGAACGAUGUUGCUCAAUACAUUGAUGAGGACUUUCCGCCAGGAUACCUCGAUAACAAAUUGCUUCCUGAGAUCAUAACCCAGUAUGAUAACUUGAUGAACGCUAAGCCAACUGCAUCAUCAACGGCAGAACAGCAACAAUAUCGCCAGGAGACCAUUUCUGUGUUGCUCAAUUACAUUCUCAAGUUGGGAACGGGUUUGUCAGACGAUGGAUUCUCCAAAACAAUAAAGCCGAUCAUAUUCCAUGCAUUCACACUUCCAGACCGUGCCAUCCGCCUCACUCUUCUAAACUACUUGCCCAAGUACGCCCCGUGCUUGAGUGAGAGUGAAGUUCAAUCCAAGCUCUUCUACAGCUUGUUGACAGGUUUUCAUGACACUAACUUCAUGAUUCGUGAGACAACGCUAAAAUCAUUCACAUCUGUCAUUGACAAAGUGAGUGCUAAGCAGGUUAAUCAAGACUUGUUGAAAGUGUUGGCCAAGCUGCAGAUGGACCCUAAACCGUCCAUUCGUACCAAUACUCUUAUCCUUAUCAUCAAAGUCUCGAGCAAGAUUUACUCAACUCUGAAGAACAGUGUCAUUAUCACCGCAUUAGGUAAGUCAUUGAGAGACACGUUUGUGCCUUGCAAAAUGAUGGCGCUUUCCGGUUUUGAUCAGUUGAGGAGUGACUUUCUGCUUGAGGAGAUUUGCAUCAAGGUUUUGGGUCAUUUAGCAAUUGCUCUCAUGGACCCCAAAUCUUUAAAAGUAAGAGAGGAAGCAAAGCGCGUUUUUCAAUUAUACUUGGCGUCGGUAGAAGAGCACGCAGCGACACUUCCAAGAGAGGAGCAGGAUGAAGACGAAGAGGAGAAGGAGUUCUUCCGUCAGCACGCUCCCCAAGCAUCUGUGGAGCAGAAGAAGGAAGCGGAGAGCACAAGCACCACCUCUUUUGGGUGGAGUAUGGUGAACAAAUUGGUGUCCUCGUCAGUUAUUAAUGGUGACCUAAACAAGAGUUUUAAUUCGUCGACGCCUGAUUUGACGAGACAGCCCACACCGACUGAAACAGAUACCGCCCGCCCGUCGCAUCCAGUCAGUGCCGAAAAAAAUGGUGGCCUCACGGAAAGUGCCAAUGUCGCCCACUUCUCCGCAGACGAAGACGAAUGGGAUGUUGACUUCGAAGAGGAGGAAUUAUACGUUCACCCGCCGGAGACGAAGCGGUCGAUUGGCCUGAAUGCAAGUGCGACUAGACAAACACCUACUUUUGGACAACGAAAGCUGCCAGCAGUAGUUCCAAAAAUGGGAGCAACUAGAGCGUCAAGCCAAUCAGGAGGUGCUGUCUCUAGGGCUAAACCAGGGCUCACUUUGGGUGCAAAGAAGACUGAGAACAAAGCCCCAGGCUCGACCCUAAAACUCAAUCUCAAGGUUGAGGACAACGAUGAAGAUGAUUCUUGGGGCGGCGAUUGGUGA